UGUAGCUUGUACAACCUAUAAGUCCUUAGAGCAUGUUUGAGUUUUGGUUACUUCUGCGGUGGUGCACGUUUAAAAAGCACUCCUCUUUAUAAUUAUAAAAUUGACACGUCAUAUUGCGGGGUGACCUAGAGAAGUGGCUAGUGCUGUGUAUAUGAAGUACUUGUGUUUCGCUACCUCUACUUUCUUCUCUUUUUGUUCGCUUCGGCUCCGUUAGGUUUUCCUUCCGCGUGUUUGCUCGGAACUACUCCUCCACUCAUCGUUUAAAAUGUCUGACGUGGAAGAGUUUCGUUGCUUCAUUGGUGGCCUUGCAUGGUCAACGUCUGAUAGAAAGUUAAAGGAUACAUUUGAAAAGUUUGGCAAGCUUAUUGAGGCAAAGGUGGUUGUUGACAAGUUCUCUGGGCGUUCUCGUGGUUUUGGAUUUGUCACAUUUGAUGACAAGAAAGCAAUGGACGAGGCUAUUGAUGCUAUGAAUGGGAUAGAUUUAGACGGGCGAACUAUUACUGUUGAUAGAGCUCAGCCUCAACAAGGAUCAACUAGAGAUGAUGGUGAUCGUUACCGGGAGCGUGGUCGUGAUCGUGAUCGUAACCGAGAUUAUGGAGGUGGAGGUGGUCGAGGAUCUAAUGGUGGUGAAUGCUUUAAGUGUGGAAAACCUGGUCAUUUUGCUAGGGAAUGCCCUGGUGAAGGGUCCAGGGGAGGAAGGUAUGGUGGUAGGGAAAGUAGAUAUGGUGGAAGCAGUCGUGGUGGUUAUGGACCGGAUAGAAAUGCAGAUCGUUCUUCAGGGGGGCGCAGCAGGGAUGGUGGUAGUCAUGGGGAUUCUGGAAGUGAUCGAUAUUAUCGUGAUCGUUCAGGACCAUAUGAGCGGGAGCGACGGGGAUCGGGAGGCUUUCGUUGAUAUAAUAUAGUCUUUCAAUGAGAUAUGAAAUUGAAGAGGUCGCUGUUAAUGUUUCAACUUUCCUUUUCAUUUGCACUUGACAAUGCUCUUUGGACUUCUGGGAUUGUUGUUUGGAUGGAUCAUUGAUACCAGUAUUUUGAUAUGCAAUACUCAACACAUUAUGCAAACUCUUUAUGUUCCUAAAUGCUGAUCUUUUGGUCUAGUGAAAUCUUAUGCAUGCUUGACUUGCGGUCAAAUUCAAUGUUGUGCUCUAUGCUA